UGCACUUCCGGACCGUGACGAUCCAAGGCGUGUGUACUCGUUUGUGUUUGUGGGUUAGUGAGAUCAUGGGCAGGUGACCAUUGAAUAGAAUUCUGGCUCAUGAAAAGUUUUUUUUAUUGUUUCAAGGAGCCGCCGUGUGUAUUAGCUUACAUAUCGCGAAGUUGUGUGUAUCAAAGUUGUUACCCUAUAUCGCUAAUGGCGCUGUUGCUGUUCCAACAACACAUGUUCGUGCGUCCGGCUUGUUUAUACCGCAUUUAUAUGUUUAUUCGUGGUUUAUUUAACGAAGCAGACAGUAACUCGGACUGUAAUAUAACAAAAAUAAAUAGCGGUAUUAUAAUAAUAAAGUCCAUCACUCUAUCAGGAGCAUAGUUGUUAGUAGUAAUUACAACAAUGUAACAAGUGCAGUUGCUGAAAUAAACAUACUACAAUGGAACAGAUGAAACAGUCCCAAAUAAACUUCGCCUCAUUAGUUUAAUUCAUAAACAGGUGGAGUUGAAGGUCGGUUGUAAAAUUUGUGCUUGCAUUUCGAAACAUGUCAACGAGAUGUGAAACUUGCCUGCAAGCACAAGGAAGUCACUUUGAACAGCUUUUGUGAUUUAAGGCAAGAACAAUCAAUGCAAUAACAUGUAUCAGUGACGAGAAACACUCACUGCUUGCUGUCACUAGUGGCACCGAAACUGAUUCGCCCGUGACUCACGCGUAAAAGUCCCGCCCACGUCAACAGAUCGCCGGCCGACCACACAAUACAAGCAUGCCCCGGUAUAUGAGAAUGGCUGUUCUGUGGCAUAGAAACAAAAUGAAUGAGAAGGAAAAACUGGAGGGAUGCUUAGUGCAGGUAACUGAAGAUCUCGUUUGUGAACGACAACAGAGACGAGAGUUGGAAUAUCUUGUUUUCAGUCAGAAAGCAACAAUUUCUGAGUUGCUGGAGGAUGAAGGACAGAGCCUAUAUGAAGGGAGUGAAGUGAGGGAUCAGCUGGAGGCAUUCGUUCUGCUCAGCCAAGAGCUGUACACUCAAGCUCAGGAGCUUAUUAAAUUCCUCACUCAUUCUGAGGAAACCUAUCGCAAUCAGGCAGCUGAGCUGCAGAAUGAGAAGGGAAAACUGGAGGGACGCUUAGUGCAGCUGACUCAAGAUCUCGUUUGUGAACGACAACAGAGACGAGAGUUGGAAGAUCUUGUUUUCAGUCAGAGAGCAACAAUUUCUGAGUUGCUGGAGGAGAAAGAACAGAGCCUGAAUAAUGGGAGUGAAGUGAGGGAUCAGCUGAAGGCGUGCAUUCUGCUCAACCAAGGGUUCAAAGCUCAAGUUCAGGAGUUUAUGAAAGUCAUCACUCAUUGUGAGGAAACCCAUUGCAAUCAGACAGCUGAGGGAGAAAAAACAGUGAAGCCAGUGGCCUGUGCUACUGAGUCAGGCGUCGCCAUCAACAAUGAGGUCUCGGUAAAUUUUCCUUCUCAAUUGCUGCCUGCUGCGCCCACUCCUGUGGUGUCAGCCCCCACUCCUCUGGUGUCAGCCCCCACUCCUCUGCUAUCAGCCCCCACUCCCAACAUGCCACAAGCUACAAAUCCUGUUGAGGCAGAGGCACUACAUUGUCUUGGACAUUAUCUCAUGUUACCUGUACGAACUAAGACGGAAAAGAACAGACAGAAGAGAACGAGAUAUAAGAUGAACAAGAGGAUGAAGAAAGCAGCUGAGGGAGAAAAAACAUCAGUGAAGCCGGUGGCCUGUGCUACUGAGUCAGGCGUCACCAUCAACAAUGAGGUCUCGGUAAAUUUUCCUUCUCCAUUGCUGGCUGCUGCCCCCAUUCCUGUGGUGUCAGCCCCCACUCCUGUGGUGCCAGCCCCCACUCCCAACAUGCCACAAGCUACAAAUCUUGAUGAGGCAGAGGCACUACGUCUUCUUGCACGUUAUCUCAUGUUACCUGUACGAACUAAGACGGAAAAGAACAGACAGAAGAGAACGAGAUAUAAGAUGAACAAGAGGAUGAAGAAAGCAGCUGAGGUCUGGAGACAUUUUAAUAGUAUGAGAUUCACAUAAAUAAGAUUAUUGCAAAUAACAGCGACUGACAUGAGAUGGUUAUUUCUUCCGUCUCUUUGAAAGACAGAAGGAAAAAGACAAUAUUUAGAGUACUUUUAUGUGAUGACAGAAUGGUGAUAUAUUCUACAGUUCUAGGAAUCAUGUUAGUGUCCCUAUUUAUUGAUUCUCAGCUUCAGCUUUCACCCACAUGAGCAGGUAACUGCUUUAACUUUACCACAUUUAUGUUAAUUACUAAUCCUCAGUACUCGAUUUCAUAAUCAUAUUUAGAGAUAUCCAAAGUAUAAAUAAAUACCAAAAAAUCCACCCCCACUAAUUUUCCUUUGUGUAUUAAUUUGACUUUUAUAGAAAAGAAUUUUUGUUCUUUUGUAGGGGUUUGUUAUGUAGUGAUGCUUGUACAAUUUUAGUAAAUUGUGACAAAAUCAUCCCCCAUUGCCUCCCAGUUCUUGUUUCUUAAAUUCCUCUGUUGUUAAUGCAACCAGAAGAAUGUUCUAUAAGUACCAAUUGCUGUCCCACAUACGAGUUUUGAAUAGGUCUUGUCUGAGAUGGGUUUGCAUAUAAAUUAUUUACCACUCUUUUUACACAAACGUUACCAUUCUUUGUGUGGUCUGUUGCUUUGAGUAAAGAGGGAACAAGUCACACAUUGAUGAUCAUCUUGAGAUUCCACCUUUUUUCGCUUGGUCACACGCUCGUUUAACAUUUAUAAGUUAGGCGGCCAUUCAUCUACUUUUUGGAAGUCAUAGAGGGCCUGUAGCUGGCUGUGUUUGUUCACCCACUUGCCACAGGCAGAGGUGGGCGUGGUGCGGUGCUUAUUCUUAGUCUAAGUGUCUUGAACAUUUUAUGAAGGGACGUUACUGCAUCCUUCAGUUACUGUUACAGAAUUUCAAGUUGUGAAAUGUUUUGAGUUGCCAGAUGAAAUUUUCAAGGUUCACAUUUAGACAAUGAACAUUUACAUUCUAUGAUAUGGUAAAACUCAUUUACUUAAGUUCCUGUAACACUUGAAGUAUAUUUUUGCAGCCAUACCAUAGAGUGUUUCCAAAUUCACUUAUGUUGUUUGUUUCAGUUUAACACACUAACAAAAUUUGGGGCAUCAUUGAAUAUUUUCAGAUACUUAUAUAAUGGGCUUUAUGUUGUAUUUGAUAGAGUCAGGGAAGUGAGAGUUUAGCAGAGGAGCAUAUUUCAUCCUGGUGUUUUUGUUUGAACAGGGAGAAAAAACAGUGAAGCCAGUGGCCUGUGCUACUGAGUCAGGCGUCGCCAUCAACAAUGAGGUCUCGGUAAAUUUUCCUUCUCAAUUGCUGCCUGCUGCGCCCACUCCUGUGGUGUCAGCCCCCACUCCUCUGGUGUCAGCCCCCACUCCUCUGCUAUCAGCCCCCACUCCCAACAUGCCACAAGCUACAAAUCCUGUUGAGGCAGAGGCACUACAUUGUCUUGGACAUUAUCUCAUGUUACCUGUACGAACUAAGACGGAAAAGAACAGACAGAAGAGAACGAGAUAUAAGAUGAACAAGAGGAUGAAGAAAGCAGCUGAGGUCUGGAGA